AUGAGGUGCUCAAAUUGGCCCACAAAAUCUUUAGAGCAUGCGUGGAAGGAGCUUCGCGCCGAUCAGAAGUGGUGUGAACUCUCUACAGAAAAAACAGUAAGCAGCUCCAAAAGGAGGAAGUUCGAGGAUGGUUCACAUACUGGAAGCUCUCAAGUUAAGGAAAACAAUGCUGGUGUUGUCGAUGACGUAACAUGUCGUCCUGCGGGGGUGAAGGCUGCAAAAUCCCGUGGGAAGAAGCCGUUGGUUGAGGCUAAAGAGCUCGAUGUCUUCAAAACUAUUUGGGAGAUGAAGAAGGAGGAUUUGACAAGGAAGGAAAAGCUCACCAAGAUGAAGCUACUUGAGAGUCUUGUUGCAAAACAAGGUCCACUACCUGAUUAUGAAGAAGAUCUCAAGAUAAAGUUAAUUAAAGAGUUGAUGUAA